AUUCUUUUGUCAGUUCUGUCAUAUGCGGUGCAUAUAGUUUUGGUUGGUUUCACUGCCAAUCAUUUGUAUUAAUCUCUAUGGCAUUGAUAAUGCAGGCAUGGUUCAUAUUGUAAUUAGCCUGAUUUGACGACGUUCUUAAAAACCUGGUGUAUUACUAGUUCAGGUGGCAACAGAUAAUCUGGCUCUGUAAAACAACUACAAAUUCAAAAGGACAACGCCUAUCAACACAAUAGCAUUUCAUAUAUCAUUUUUUCAGAGAGUUGAACUAUGGCCAAGUGCUAACGCGGUCGCUUGAGUUGCAGAUAUUUGAAAUGGCGGUAGACCCUGAAUUUUUAUGUCAACAAAGCCAAGCUCAGAGGAGCACUAUAACUGUUUCAAGCACAAGCCUCCUGAUAUCCUUUAUCACAAGUUUGAUUCUCAUCAUAUUUUUCUUGAUUAUUCGCUUGGUCUUCAAAAAACUUUACGGGUCAAACGUCUACAGCACUUCAUUUUGGGGAUGGAUUUAUCCGGUCAUAUUUCGCUCAGAUAGAGAAAUACUGAGAAGCCAUGGACUAGAUGCAACGGUCUAUUUGGUGUUUUCACGCGCCAUUCUCCAUGUUUCUCUUCUGCUAUUGCUCAUUACCAUUCUCAUCUUUGCUCCAGUUUAUAUAGACGACAGCUUGCGUCACUCCAGAAGCUUCAAAAGCCUUUUAUUUCACACUCGUUGCGAUUAUCUCUAUGGUUCCGAUCAAUCAGAAUCCUCUGAUACAGCAUCUACCUCUAGACUUUAUAUCCUGUUUUUGUCUCUUUUACUGAACUCUUCUCUAUGCUAUUCCUACUUGGUAAAAGUCUAUCUACAGUAUGGGAGACUCAAACAUGAAUUUAUGGAAUACUAUCCUUCGAAUUGUACGAAUGUUGUUCGGGGCAUCCAGACAUGCAUCUCAGAGACUGAAAUCAAAAAAAUAUAUGAAAAGCUGUUCCCAAAUCAAGUAUUAAGAGUCUACAGAGUAGCCAAUACACUUGCGCUGUCUUCAGCUAUCUCAAAAUACAACAGGCUGAUCGAGAAGGUAGAACGACAAGAGAUAAAAUUUCACAAUGGCGUUGACAAGUUGUCUCAAUUUACCUGGUUCAGGUCCUAUAAAAAAUGGGCACUCAACAGAAUUCAGAAAAGGCUCUUCGAGUAUCGAAAGCAGCUGGUUUCACUUAAUCACAAAAUCAAUUCGUUGAGAAGCAACAUGACCUACACGGGGAUUGUAUUCGUGACCUUUAAGCAGCACUCGCCGGCGAUAAUGUGCCGACGGUUAAACAUUAGAUUAGAUGGCGUUUUAUGCUCAUCUUCGCCAGCGCCCGAUAUAAGAGACAUCAGGUGGAAUUCGUUUUCAUAUACAAACCUGCAUCGUUUUCUCCAUAGGGGGAUUACAUUUGGAUUGGUGUCGACAUGUUGUCUACUUUGGUCUUUUGUCGUUACGUUCGCUCAAGGAUUGAACAAUUUAGGACGGCUAUUGGAGUUAGAUGCAUUUUCAUGGCUCAGAUUUCUGUAUGAAAAGUACCCAUCUCAACUUAAAAACAUUUUCGAGUUAAUUCCUUCUUUGUUCUUAUUCAGCUUACUAUCUUUGCUGAGAUAUUUGCUACAAAUCGUAGUCAGAUUUGAACUCCCAUUGACGCGUACUUCCAAGGAAAGAUCGUACACAUCCAAGUUGUACUACAUUCUCAUCAUCAAUGUUUUUUUGGGAUCAGUUGCCGCCGGAUCCGUAAUUUCGAUCACUGGGAUGCAGUCUAUAGCAGAGAGACCAAUCGAUACGAUAAGACAGUUGGGACUAUCUGUUCCAGCUCAAGCUGGGUUCUUUAUCAAUUACUUUGUCAUCAACUCAGUGUUGUGGAAUAUUUCUAUCGUUAUACAGCCAGUUCGGCUUAUGAAAUGGAUUUACUACAACUAUAUUAAUACCACAGAAACACCUCAACGGACCAAGUGGCUGAAAUCGCUGCCAAGAUUUUAUUUUUAUAUUGAAUAUAGUGAACAAUUGCUUUAUUUCAGCAUUCUAAUCACAUUCUGUUCAUUGGCACCUAUCAUUACACCUUUUGGCGUUUUAUAUUUUGGUUCAAAGUGGAUUGCAUCUCGAUAUUUCAUCUUAUUCCUUCAUUGUAAGAGAUACGAAGGAUUUGCCUCUGCAUGGCCUGAUGUGUUCAAUUGCGCUUGUCUGUCCAUCCUCAUCUAUCAAAUUAUCAUAGCUGGGUACUUUAUGUUGUUCUCGGAGCUCACCAUGGUCAUCAUGACAUUUCUUUUCGCUGUUUUUACGAUCUUCUAUCGGUGGCUCGUCAACAGAAUAGCAUCCAGCAUGAUUAGCAGCAAUCACAUCGAUUUUUAUGGCGGGACGAUGAUCGAGCCUCAGCCUAACCACAGCGAACCGUACGAAUAUAAAAUUCCGGACUGUAAAUCCCUGAGCAGUCGUCAUCAAGAAUUGGUUUGAUCUCAGACAAAUUUGUGCCUCACGAUUUUUACAGGGACCUCUCUACUCGCACCUAAUUUGAGAAUUCGCCCAGUUAUAUGCUACUCUCAUGUAUAGCGUGCGCUGCAAAUACAAUCAGGGCCAGCGCUAUCAAUUUUAUUUUUUGUACUAGAUUUUUGUCGCCCUUUGAUAUUUUGACACAAAUCCCACUUCUUUCAAAUCUUAACUUUUUACCUCCCAGCAUGGUAAUUUGUCUACUCGAAACAGUCCUGUAUCGAUUAUCUGACGAGGUUGUAGGUACUUCUUUUUA